GGUGAAUUCCAAAAGCCCGGGGCAGCAAAAGAUGGAAAUGAGAGCGAUGGACGAUGUAGCUAUGGGCCAAGACCUAACACCUCCCUGCCCGCCCCUCGCUUUUUCUCUCUACGACUCCACACUCCUCUCUCUCUGCUCCGCCUGCUCUUCUCCUCUCUCUCCUCCACCCCACCAAUUCCCAUCUCUUCUCCCCACCUUUCCCAUCAAUUCCCAUCAUGUCCACCAACCCUCUCUUCACUACUGUUCCUCACAAUGCUCCGACUCCGACUCCGACCUCCACCUGUCCAGCGCCGAACACCACCUCCUACUCCUCCUCAGCCAAUCCCACCCCUCCUCGUAUCCAUUCUCCGGCGACACGUCCGACCUCCGCGCCGCCCUCCGCCUCCUCCGUCGCUUCGAGAACCUCAAUGCGGGAUGCCUCCCGGAGAGAAAUCGAGUCGGCGGUUUGAUGAGCAAUCGCGACGAAUUGAUGUCUCGCGGCGAGGACGAGGGAAACGGUGACGUUUUGUGCAGGAUUAGGGGCGGCGCGAAGGCUAUGGCGGCGGCGAGAAGGAUGCGAGACGGUUUGGAUUUGGAAUUCUUGGGGGAGUGCUUGCUGGAGGAGGCGGUGCUGUGCCUGGUGCUAACGAACGCCGUGGAGGUGCAGGUUAAGUUGGGCCAAGGCGUUGGCGUUGCUGUCUACGAUACGACCUUCUCGUGGAUCAAUCACAGCUGCUCUCCCAAUGCUUGUUACCGGUUUCUGCUGCCGGAGGUGACUCAAUGCUCUGGCGAGCCACGGUUGUGGAUCACGCCGGCAGCCACUGGGGGCAGCAGUGAUGAAAUUGAAGUGUCACAUAAUAAUAGUGUUGGAUGUCUGGAAUAUGGUCCAAGAAUUAUUGUUCGGAGUAUCAAGGCCAUAAAGAAUGGGGAGGAGGUGUCUAUUGCUUACACCGACUUGUUGCAGCCCAAGGCAAUGAGGCAAUCAGAGUUAUGGUUAAAGUAUCGGUUUGUUUGUCGCUGUAGGCGGUGUAUUGCCUGGCCCCCAACUUAUGUAGACCAAACUCUGGAAGAAUUUUCUGCUGUCAAUCUCGAUUAUACCAACUUGAGUUCUGAUCAUAAUUUCUACAGAGAUGAGGCAAUUAAAAAGUUGACUGAUUACGUAGAUGAUGCUACAAGUGAGUAUCUGUUAUAUGGUAAUCCUGAAUCCUGCUGUGAGAAGCUUGAAAAGAUGCUUGCACAUGGGCUUCUUGAUGAGCAGUCAGAACCAAAGGAGAAGAAAUCACAGAACAUCUUUAGGUUGCAUCCCCUGCACCAUCUCUCUCUGAGUGCCUAUACCACACUGGCUUCUGCAUAUAAAAUCCGUGCAACCGAUAUAUUUGCAAUCAGUCCUGAUUUGAAUGAACAUCAACUGGAAGCUUUCAAUAUGAGCAGACUGAGUGCAGGAUACUCCUUGUUGCUUGCAAGUGCUACCCACCAUCUUUUUCUCUCUGAAUUUUCUCUGGUUGCGUCUGUUGCAAACUUUUGGACAAAUGCAGGGGAGUCCUUACUAAGUCUUGCUAGAAGUUCAGUAUGGAAUUCAUUCUUAAAUCAGGGGUUCGUUAUUCCAGAAGUUUCAUCACAUCCUAGUCAUAAAUGCUGCAAGUGUGCGUUGGUGGAUGUGUUUGAAAACAGUUUUGUUCAUAGCCAUGCUCAGAAUGCAGACUUUGAGGACAUCUCUAGGGAGUUCCUCAACUGUAUGAAAAAUAUUACACCAAAGGUCUGGGGCUUUCUAGUUCGCAAAGGCUGUUACUUAAAACUAAUUAAAGAUCCUAUCGAUUUUAGAUGGCUUGGGACGGUGAAAGACUUGGAAAUUUUUGAUUGCAUAGCUCAUUUAGGCGACUGUGAUACGAAGAGAAGUGUUUCUACAUCUGAAGAAAUCUUUCAUCUUGGUGUCCAUUGCUUACUGUAUGGAGGUUUUCUAUCAAGCAUUUGUGGUGGUAAGCAUUCUUAUUCGACAUCUUACAUUCGAAAGAUUUUAUAUGGUGAUUGCUACCCAAUUGAUAUUUGAUUGUUCUAAAGUAUUAGUGUAGCUGUAUGCUGAUUGGCCGGGUUUGGAAGAAUUUCAAGUUCACUAUUGGAAAGUGUGGAUUUUGAAGUUGGGACUCGUAGCCGAUAGCUAGUAUCAAAUUAAGAUUGGUGGAAGAUUGGAGACAAGAUUCUUUUUUGGAUACUUGGAUAUUCAUCAAGGGCUUGGAUUUCUUACACCACAUAUAGAGAUUAUUCAAAAUUUUCAUGCAUGUUUAUUAUAAUUAUAUUAUAUAAUGUGAAUUGCUUAAUAUAUAACAAGAUAUAUUGUGUAGUUUUAACUUUUAAUAGGUUUAUACUUUAAUAUUUUGAUGCAUAUACAUUAUUAAAUGAGUAAUGAUACGGCAACCGAAUUUAAUCACCGAAUAAGAUGAAAUUGCCGCAUAACUCACGCAUUCAUUAAAUGGAAAAUUCUACCAUUUUAAAAAGACUACUUUACCCUCAAAAUAUCAUCCAAGCUUCCCCACGUUCUCUCUCAAAUAAUCAUCCAAAUCCUUCCUUAUUUUUCUCUCAAAAUUCCUUCAUAUGUCCUACCCGCCUCUCCACCUCCACCGCCACCGCCACCAUCUCUGUGUUGCCCCCAUCCCUCCAUUGCCACAACCCUUAGCUUCACAUCUCUCCCUAAAAGACUUUCAAAUUUGUUCCUUCUUAAUGACCCAUCAAACUUUUCAAAUUAUUUAUUCAUUUCUAUUGUCUUCUUUAUUCAAAGAAGGCCCAAAUCAAUAGUACACAAUGACAUAGAUGAGUAGAGCCAUUUUCCUUCACAAAGCCCUAAUGAAGUUAGAGAUUAGGGCAUAUGUGUGAGAAAUGCAAAAUUGAAGAGAGAGAGAGAGAGAGAGUCAAAUUCGGAGAGAAGAGAGAGAAGAAAAAUUAUGAUUUAUUUGCUGGUUUGAUGGGUCACCAUUAAUUAUUCUAGUGAAUUGUUAAAUUGAAUGUUGGAUCGGUGAUGAUAAUACAGUCUUCCUUGUUCAUCGCUUGAUCCAAUUGGAUUAACUAAAGAUUGUAGAUCAUGGAGGGGAAUUGCAUACUUAUUGAUGAAACCAUGGGGUUGUGGUUGAUAUAUAUAUUUAUAUAUA